AUGGCAGGAGAACACCCCUAUUUUGACUGGGAUGAUAAUAUUCCAGAUUUUCUUGCGCAACUAAGAUUAGACUUGCAAAGACGUGGUAUAGAUCCAGCAGAUAAUGUGGGAGGUCCACCAACUGGAAGAGAUCAGGCAAUAGGAGUUUUAAGAGGCUGUAUGAGAGGAAGAACUUUAGAAUGGUUCGAUGAGGAGAUUACUACAAAGCAAAAUUGGGAAUUAGUAAAUUUAACUGAUGGCACAGGACAAGCUAAUUUAGUAGCUGUAAAUGGGCGUACAGCUCUUCAGAUAGGUGCUGAUGGAUUAAAUGAGGCACUCGGACAACCUGGAAAUGCAAUAGUCAAGUUAAGAGCCCACUCUCAAGUCUAA